ACGUUGAGUGUUGACAAGAUGAUAACUGAGCGCUUCUCUGCUGAACGCGUUAUAAGCUAUGAGUUUAUAACCUAUAAUGAGUUAUAACCUAUAUUUAAUUUAAUUUAAAUAGUUUUAUUAUUACUAUAAUUAUAUGUAUUAUGCAAAAAAAGUAUCGAUAUAUGAUAAUCGAAAUUUGACAUUUUGUACUUUGCUGUGAUCGCGUGAACUUAAGCGUGAACUAACCGCGAUAUAAUGUAUGAAACAUCAUUGAAAAAUGUAAAGGAUAUUUUUUAUAAUCACUUAUCAUGACGAACGAAAAUGAUGUGUGGAAUGAACUAGCGGGCAUCCCCGCUGAUCCUCCUGAAACAAGAGACAAAUGUCAGCAAUGCAAGAGACCUGUACAAGUAUGCUGGUGCCCAGGUUUACCAAAGCAACGUCUUAAUCCAGCAUCAAGAAUAAUAAUCCUACAGCAUCCAGCAGAGGCAAAGCGUUGUUUGCGUACAGUGCCGAUGCUUGCAUUAGCAUUGGAAUCAGGAAAGUGUUUAAUCUUCAGGAAAUUAUUUUAUUCUUGUUUAAGGGGAAAGAAGUUUCCAUUGCCUAAACACGAAGGUCUACUAGAAAUAUUAAAUGAUAAGAAUACUAUUUUACUAUAUCCAUCACCUGGAGCUAUUGCACUUGAUACACUAGAUCCAGUUGGAAUUAAUGAACAAGAAGCAUACAAUUUAGUUCUGCUGGAUGGAACAUGGCCACAAGCAAAAGCAAUAUAUCACUCGAGCCCAGCUUUAUAUUUUCUACGAGCUUGUAAGUUGAUUGGUGUACCCACUAGUCAAUAUGUGAUCAGAACACAGCCAACAGAAGGUUGCCUUUCGACUUUGGAAACUGGAGCGAGUGCGCUCUCUAUUUUAGAAGGCGAUCCUGAAUUAAAAGAAAAAAUGUUGGGUCCAUUGCAUUAUUUAUGUAGGUUUCAGUUAGAAAAUGGUGCUGUGACACACCAGAGUAAGGAAUUUCUUAUCAAACAAAAAAAUUAUCCUAAAUUAAUCGGCAAGAGACUCUCCAAACAAUUACGCAUAUUACCAGAUAAUACUCUGUAACAUAAGGACAGAUUUGUACUUUUCAUAUAUAUAUAUAUACAUACAUAUAUAUAUAUAUAUAUAUAUACAUAUAUAUAUAUAUAUAUA